AUAUACCGAUGGGGACUCAUGGGAACAAUGUUUUCUUAUUGUCUUGUAGUUCAUAUUUUGCCAUACCUGUCGCUAAAGUCUCAUACGCUACGAGCAAAAAGUGGUGAAUAACCUUAAUGUUUAUAUUUUAUCAGAAAUUUAUCGAUUUCAAAUAUGGAUAGUGAUAAUGAUUCUGAUGGAGCUAAUAUUUUGAGUGAUCUUUUAUCAAACAGUGAUGUAGAAGAAAAUGGAUCUACAAAAACUAAAACUAUUAAAGAAAUGGACUAUAAUUUUUUGGAUUCUAUAUCUAAUAAUGCAUGUAUUGACAAAGUAGAUAAUAGUAAGUGCAACGCUAGUAAUCCGAAGCCAAAUAAUACUGAAAAUAUUGACGAACUUUUCGGUGAUAAUAUUGAUUCUUCAGAUGAUGAAGACAAACGUUAUUUUGAGGAACAAAAGUAUUCUGAAUAUGGACGUAAUAUAAAACUUUUAUUAAAGAAAGAUGAAGUAAAAAAGAAAGAUACUUGUACACCAUAUGAAAAAGAUAGUAGAUCGCUUGCUGUUAAAAGUAUUACAUCAAACAAUAAUAUUACAAAUUUAUCACCUGUGCAAAAUAAUGUUCAUUGCGAUCCUUUUUUUGGAAUAAGAAUUGUUAAUCCACUUAUAUCUUUUAAACAAAUGAGAGAACAAAUGAAUGGUAAAUCAGCUAUAACAGUCUCUAAAAUUAAAACAUGUAUAAUAUCAGGUACAUUGUCUAAUGAUUGGGUAAUAGCUGGAGUAUUAAUUAACAAAUCACCUACUAAAACUUCACAAAAAGGUUCAUCAUAUAGUAUAUGGAAAAUUACUGAUUUAUCUGAAAACAUGGCAACAGUUUCUAUUUUUUUAUUUAGUGCUGCUUAUAAAACAUUUUGGAAAACUACUCUUGGUACUGUAAUUGGUAUUCUAAAUCCAAAUAUUAUGGAAUCUAAGGAUCAAAUUGAUCAAGCAACAUUGUCUAUUGAUACUCCUCAAAAAAUGUUGAUCAUUGGAAAAUCAAAAGAUAUGGGAAAAUGCAAGUCAACAAAGAAAAAUGGAGAACCAUGUACUGCUAUUGUAAAUAUUAAUCGAUGUGAAUUUUGUGUGUAUCAUGUCAAACAAGAAUAUAAAAAAUGUUCUAAACGAGCAGAUUUAGGAUCAAACAAUAAUGUUCGUGGAUUUUCAUCCGAUCUUCCUAAAAGUAAAUCUCAACAAACUUCACGAUUUUUCAAUAGUAAUGGUAUGCAACCAUUUACUCCAAUUCGUGCACAGGAAAGUGUCAAAUUACGUACGCAUGAUCAAAAACGUUUAGCUCUUCUUUCUGAAGUGGAUUAUGAUAAAUCUAAAUCUAAUAAAAAUAACACAGAAAUAAAAAAAGGUAUCAUUUCUGUAGAUUUACAAUAUAAUCAAAAAGCAAAAGAUUAUGAAAAAAUAAAUAAAUUAAAAGUUUGGAAUAGUAAUAAACAAUUAAAGAUGGAAUUAGUACCAUCAUCUUCACAAUCCACAAGUAUUGAAAAUGGAAGUCGUACUAUUACAGAAAAUAAAGAAAAGAAAAUGAUAAAUACAGGAAUAUCUUUAUUAUCAACACCACGUUUAGGUAUAGGUUGUAAUAAUGGUAAAAUUGAUUUUUCUCAACCAAUUACUAAAAGACAAAUUGAUAUUGCAAAAAGAAAUGCAAUUAAAUGGGUUCAACAGAAUGGUAUAAUUAAGCCCAAAAAUCCAAAUAAGAUAAGCUUGGAAAAGGGAGAAAAAAGAGGUACCAAACGUACAAGAGAAAUUAUUGAACACAUGGAAGAAACACAAGAAUCAAAAAAGUCUAAUUCUUUACCAAAUAAUUUUAAGAAAUUAAUGGAAACUAAAUCUGUGCAUGUAGAUCUCAUAGAAAAAUCAUAUGAAAAAGAACAAGAAAAAUAUUUCAAUAAAUUAGAAAUAACAGAAAAAAUGGAAAAAAAGAUGUUAUCAACCUUUAAAAUAGAAUGCAAAGCUGUAAGAUGUUUAAUAUGUAAAUACACUGCAUUUUCAAGUUCAGAUUUUUGUAAAAAACAAAAACAUCCACUUCGUGUAAUAAAUGCUAUUAAAAGAUUCUUUAAAUGUUCAGAUUGUGGUAACAGAACAGUUAGUCUUGAAAAACUACCUCUACAUAGCUGUACAAAAUGUAACAGUUCAAAUUGGUUACAAGCUGCAAUGAUGGAUGAAAGAAAAACUAAUAUUAUUACAACAAAUUUAUCUGUGCGUGGUGGUGAAGAAAAGUUUUUAGGAUCAUCAUUGACAAAUGCUGAUUUAAAUCUCUUAGUCCCAAAAACGGAUUAGUAGAUAUAAACUUUAAAACUUAUAAAAAGUAUCAACAGAUGUAUAGAAAAAUUACAAUGUAUUUUUAGCAUUUUUAUAUACAUAUGUAUUAAGAUCCAAUUUCAGGAAAUACAUAUUUUUCAUAUAA